UCACUGAAAGUAUAAAAUACAAAUCUUCAAGAAUUUAUCGCACCUUCAACAAUGGCUUAUCACCACAACCCAUCCUUUUCCUUGUUAUUACUUGUCACUUUAUCAUUAACAAGCAGCUAUGUAAUUCAAGCAGAAGCGCGCCAUCUUCUUGAAGUAACUAUGCCUGAGCUUCCUAAGCCCGAACUGCCACAUCUACCAGAAAUCCCGACUUUACCUAAGCCUGAAUUCCCUGAAAUUCCCAAACCCGAGCUACCAACAUUGCCAAAGGCUGAAUUGCCAGAAAUCCCAAAGCCGGAGUUUCCAACAUUGCCAAAGCCUGAACUUCCAACGAUGCCAAAACUCGAGAUACCCGCCAUUCCUAAGCCUGAAUUGCCAACGUUGCCAAAGCCAGAAAUCCCUCAAGUGCCAAAGAAGCCUUGAGUGUGAGGCAUAUGAGAUUCUCUUUGCCUCACUGAAGUAGCAUUGUUGAAAUGUUACACUUCAUUGUGUCAUAUGAUCAUUAUGUUUUUCUUUGUUGUUCUAUAAUCAUUUGAAGCUUUCCUUUUGGAAAGAUCAUUUAUGUGAUAUUCUGUCCUCAGUUGCACCUUCCUAUUGGAAGAAUUGUUUAUGUGAUUGUUCUGUCGUCAGUUAACUAAUUAAUAUAUUUAUCUCGUGGCAUUAUAUACA